AUUACAGAUGAGGGCAACUUUAGUGAGCUUGCUAAUCAGUCAGGUUUUCAUGGCCAAAGGACUCGACGUAAGAAAUGAGCCCAUAGAAAGUUCCCCUGGAUUAUACUACCAACACGAAGGCGAAGCAAGAUUGAGCACCAGCGACUGGAAAGUAAUGACCUACCUUGACUUACAACAAGCCAGCGCAAACGUGGACACGAUAGAAAGAUACGUGGAAGCCACUAUCAACUUCUGCAAGAAACAUGAUAGCUCCCUAUGGUUAAAUUUGACGGAGUGCAGAACCACAAUUUUAGAUGCAACUAGGAGAUUGCAAAAUUUAAAGGAAAUGAGAGGUUUGGUAACGCAAUUAACAAAAACAGAAAGGAAUGCACCCCGCAAGAAAAGAGGACUUUUUAACUUUGUAGGGCAGAUAUCGCAUACAUUAUUUGGAAUCUUAGACUCAGAAAACGAAGAAGCAUAUAACAGCAGAAUCAACCAAUUAGAAGGAGAACAAUCCGAUCUAAUAAAACUAGCACGGGAACAGAUGGUCGUUGUAAAAUCGACAUUGAAGUCGGUUAACAAAACUUUAAACGAUGUGUCAAAAAAUGAGAUGAUUUUAGAAAAGGGUCUACGGGACAUUAGAAAGUUCAUUAAUGAAGAAAAUGGGGAAUUAAAGGAGAAGUAUACAUAUACUUCCAUGUUAGUAACUUUAAAUGAUCAUGCUAUUCAAAUACAACGCGCAUUGGAGGAAGUAAAGAACGAAUACGAUGUGAUACUUCAGUCAUGUUUGAAUGCAAGGAGUGGGAUUAUACAACCCCAGGUGUUAUCACCAGGUUACCUAAUUCAGAUUUUGAAGUCCAGUCGGGAUUCGUUCCCACGUGAUUUACAAGUCCCUGUUCAACUGAGCGAAGCUUACACUUAUUUACUUAUUAAUGUUAUUACUAUAGAAACAUAUGUUGUAAGAGGUAAAUUAGUAUACGUUGUGAGAGUCCCACUAGUGACUCACCAUGUGUAUGAUAUUUAUAAAGUCAUACCCUUUCCUAUCAAGGUCAAUGAAACAAGAAAUAAGUACACUUUUAUUCAGCCAGACAAGGAAUACAUGUUGAUUGACAGCACUAGGCAAUAUUAUGUUAAGCUUAGACAAGAAAAUCUUAACACUUGUAAGAAAAUGAGUGAGGAACAACUUGUAUGUAAACAAGACUUCCCCUUGUUGAUAAGCCAUUCUUCAGAUGAUUGUGAAGUGUCAAUGCUGCAACCAAUUAGGUUAGUCCCAAGGACAUGUACCCAAAGGGUCAUCGAACUGAAGGAGACUCUGUGGAUACCCCUCAAGAGGAACUCCUGGAUUUAUAUAGCGCCUGUUCCGAGCCAAAUGACGAUCCUAUGUCCAGCCCAACAACCGACAGAAUUAGAAAUUAAGAACAGUGGAAUUUUGUCAUUUUUACUUGAUUGUACAGGCUAUAGUAAUAAGGUAAUGAUAAGAUCAAUCACUUCCCAUUAUGUAAACCACACUGGGAAGGAUAUCAUCCCAGCUCUGUAUUUACCUUUAGAUUGUUGCGAAAAUGAUAAAACUAAAAUUCACUUAGACGAGCUACAAUUAGAAACGCCACUUAAGAACGUACUCACUCAUAAUGAUGAGCUGCGGCUGGCGAGCCAUAAGGUUGAAGACGUUGAAAAACUUAUAGAGGAACAGGAAUGGAAAUUGAAACAUGAAAAGAGUACCCGCCAGUUGUCGGUGUUAUCCUCAAUCGGCGCAGCCGCGCUGGCAUUAUUAAUUGGGAUUAUGUGUUGUUGUUGUUGUUGCCGCUGUUGCAGGAAUUGCUGGCCCAGGUUUGUAAAGUGGGCCUGGGACGAUAGUAAAUGUAGUGCUAUUAUUUUUAAACCUAGGAUAAUAAACAGUGUUCAUACAUCCAGUGACAGUCUGCAUAGAAGAGGCGCGAUGCUUAGCCUGGCCACCCACGUGGAUGACGAAGACACACCAAAGGAGUUCACGGAGAUGACUCCUAUGAAUGCCACCAUAGGUGUUAGGGUAUCAAGAACCAGUAGUAGAAACCAGGCAGUUGGUAAAAGGUAACAGGCAUUACCUAGAUUGGGCACAA